CAAUGGCGGCGCUUUAGGGGUACGGGAGUAGACGGUCGCUUGAGUUGGAUGAGUUUUUUCAGUUUUUUAUAUGGGUCGACAAGGCCAAGUAAGAGGAAGAAUCAAGGAAACAACGCGUCGGUGUGGAAUAAGGCUGUAGGCUCGCUAUCGAGCGAAGACAAGAGAGGUUACUCCGUUUUUAAAUGAUAGUUUGCCUGUCCGGAGACGCUGUUAGCUAGCUAGCCACGUUAGCUAGCUAUCCUGGGCAAGCGGUGCGAAUGCAUUUCUAGCUAGCCGUCGUGGUGAGUUAGCUUGCUGUAUUGCUUGCUGGCUCGCUGGCUUACAUUUGUAUGCAGUAAAAACCACCACCCACCACUUUCGCCUGUUCACUUUUUUUCGUGGACCGGAGCCGAUCAGCUGAAUCGGACCGAACCGGGAAAACCAUGGCCGAGAGAAAUUCCACGGGAUUACUGAUGAUGAUGUUGGAGCCAACGCCGGCGGCUGCGAUGACCCUGCCCGCGGAGGUUCGCGAAAAACUGGCCGAGCUGGAGUUGGAGCUGUCGGAAGGGGACAUCACUCAGAAGGGCUAUGAGAAGAAGAGAGGCAAGCUGCUGGCUCCUUACAUCCCACAGACACAAGGUGUAGACCCGUCUCUCCAGGUAGACAACCGCGUCCAGUCGUCCCAGGCUGCCCAGGCUGUCUCCAAGCAGCACAAGACCCGGGCCGCCAAUUCCCGGGAUGAGCGCUUCCGAUCCGACCUGCACACUGAAGCUGUACAGGCGGCCUUGGCCAAGUACAAAGAGAGGAAGAUGCCCAUGCCCUCCAAGAGGCGUUCCGUGCUAGUGCAGUCCUCUGUGGAGGCGUGCACCCCCCCAGACACCUCAUCGGCUUCGGAAGACGAGGGCUCGCUGCGUCGGCAAGGCCGGACCGCCGCCUCCUCCACCCCUUACCAGGCCCACCCCAGCGUGGAGCACUGGUUUAACAGGGUCAUCCAGGGCUCCUCCACCUCAUCCUCCGCAUCCUCCACCUCAUCCCACCCGGGAGGGAGGCCCCACUCCACCGCCACCACCGCCGCCGCCGCCACCGUGCUGGCAGACCUCAUGGCACACACCCAGCUAGAUAACCACUCUGCACCCCCAGAUGUGACGGGCCUGUCGGAGCGGUCGGUGCACGUGGAGAGGCCCCAGAUGACUUCGGUCCGGGGCGUACCGCGAGGAUACAACCACACCAGCGUGCUGGAGACAGCGGACGGAAGAAAGGUUGCCGGUGGCGUCCGUAGAGUGGAUGGUGUCCCCGUGAACAGCCGCGUCUCCUCUAAGAUCCAACAGCUGCUGAACACGCUGAAGAGGCCCAAGCGCCCGCCGCUGCGCGAGUUCUUCCUUGACGACUUCGAGGAGCUGCUGGACGUCCAGCAGCCCGACCCGAACCAGCCCAAGCCGGAGGGGACGCAGAUGUGCCCCCUUGACGGAGAGCCGCUGGGCGUGGUCACUAACUGGCCCCCUUCCCUGCUGGCCUCGCUUCAGCGUUGGGGCACCACCCAGCCAAAGAGCCCCUGCCUCACAGCACUGGACAACGCCGGCAAGCCUGUCUACACACUCACCUACGGAAAGCUGUGGACUCGGAGUUUGAAGCUGGCCUACACCCUGCUGAACAAGCUGAGCUCCAGGAACGAGCCCUUACUGCGGCCAGGGGACCGGGUUGCCCUUGUGUUCCCGAACAACGACCCUGUGAUGUUCAUGGUGGCCUUCUACGGAUGCCUCCUGGCAGAGCUGGUGCCUGUGCCCAUAGAGGUGCCCCUCACGAGGAAGGACGCAGGAAGUCAACAGAUCGGCUUCCUGUUGGGAAGCUGUGGGGUCACCCUGGCUCUGACCACAGACGCCUGUCAGAAAGGACUGCCCAAAGCCCAGACGGGCGAGGUCGCCACCUUCAAAGGCUGGCCCAGAUUGCUGUGGUUUGUGACAGAUGGGAAGCAUGUGGUCAAGCCCCCUAAAGACUGGCAUCCAUCAAUACGGGACGCCAGCAAUGAGAUCGCCUACAUUGAGUAUAAGACAAGCAAGGAGGGCAGCACCAUGGGCAUCACGGUGUCACACUCAGCCAUGCUGGCACACUGCCACGCGCUUACACAGGCCUGUGGGUACACAGAGGCCGAGACAAUAACCAACGUUCUUGACUUUAAGAGGGAUGCUGGACUGUGGCAUGGAGUUCUGACGAGUGUAAUGAACAGGAUGCACGUCAUCAGCAUCCCCUACUCUCUGAUGAAAGUCAACCCCCUGUCCUGGAUUCAGAAAGUGCACACCUACAAAGCGCGGGUUGCGGUGGUGAAGUCCAGGGACAUGCACUGGUCUCUCCUGGCUCAGAGAGACCAGCGGGAUAUCAGCCUCAGCUCUCUCCGAAUGCUCAUCGUCGCAGACGGAGCCAACCCAUGGUCGAUCUCGUCCUGUGAUGCCUUCCUCAACGUGUUUCAGUCACGCGGGCUCCGGGCUGAGGUGAUCUGCCCCUGUGCCAGCUCUGCUGAGGCCAUGACUGUCGCCAUCCGCAGGCCCCCUGAGAUGGGCGUACCCCCUCCGGGGAAGGCGGUUCUGUCCAUGAGCGGGCUGAGUUACGGUGUGAUCCGGGUCGACACCGAGGAGAAGCUCUCUGUGCUGACAGUGCAGGAUGUUGGACAGGUCAUGCCAGGGGCGCUGGUGUGCGUGGUGCGGGUGGACGGGACUCCGUCGCUGUGCCAGACGGACGAGGUCGGGGAGAUCUGCGUCAGCUCCGGCACCACAGGGACCUCCUACUUCGGUCUGCCUGGCAUGACCAAGAACGUGUUCGAGACCAUCCCGGUGACUGCCUCGGGCACCCCCAUCAGCGACAGACCCUUCACUCGGACAUCACUGCUGGGCUUCGUGGGCCCGGAUAACUUGGUGUUUGUUGUGGGGAAGAUGGACGGUUUGAUGGUGGUCAGUGGGCGGAGGCACAAUGCAGAUGACGUCGUUGCCACGGCGCUGGCGGUUGAGCCAAUGAAGUUUGUUUACAGAGGAAGGAUAGCGGUGUUCUCGGUGUCUGUGCUCCACGAUGAGCGCAUUGUGGUGGUGGCAGAGCAGCGGCCGGAUGCUUCAGAGGAGGACAGCUUCCAGUGGAUGAGCAGAGUGCUGCAGGCCAUUGACAGUAUCCACCAGGUGGGGGUGUACUGCCUGGCCCUGGUUCCUGCCAACACGCUGCCCAAGGCCCCGCUGGGCGGCAUCCACAUAUCGGAGACCAAACAGCGCUUCCUGGAGGGAGCCCUGCACCCCUGCAACGUCCUCAUGUGCCCCCACACCUGCGUCACCAACCUGCCCAAACCCCGCCAAAAGCAGCCAGGUACAGAGGUGGGCCCUGCUUCUAUGAUAGUGGGGAACCUGGUGGCUGGGAAGCGAAUCGCUCAGGCUUGCGGGAGAGACGUCACUCAGCUGGAGGAUAAUGACCAGGCACGUAAGUUCCUGUACAUGCAGGACGUCCUCCAGUGGAGAGCCCAGGCAACCCCAGAUCACCCCCUCUUCCUGCUGCUCAACGCCAAGGGCACUGUGGCCAGCACUGCCUCCUGCCUGCAGCUGCACAAGCGGGCGGAGCGGGUUGCCGUGGCGCUGAUGGAGAAGGGCAGGCUCAACACGGGGGACCAUGUGGCUCUGGUGUAUCCCCCAGGAAUCGAUCUGAUUGCCACCUUCUACGGGUGCCUGUAUGCUGGCUGUGUGCCCGUCACUGUCAGGCCGCCCCACUCGCAGAACCUGGCCACCACCCUGCCCACCGUCAAGAUGAUUGUUGAGGUCAGUAAAUCCGUGUGCAUCCUGACCACCCAAGCAAUAAUGAAGCUGCUGAAAUCCAAAGAGGCUGCAGCCGCCGUGGAUGUGAAAUCAUGGCCGACAGUGCUGGACACAGAUGACCUCCCCCGAAAGAGGCCCGGUCAGAUCUACAAACCCCCCACCCCAGAGAUGCUGGCCUACCUGGACUUCAGCGUGUCCACCACCGGAAUCCUAGCGGGAGUGAAGAUGUCCCAUGCUGCCACCAGUGCCUUGUGUCGCUCCAUCAAGCUGCAGUGUGAGCUGUACCCCUCCCGCCAGAUCGCCAUCUGCCUCGACCCCUACUGCGGCCUGGGCUUCGCCCUCUGGUGUCUGUGCAGUGUGUACUCGGGCCACCAGUCCAUCCUGGUUCCCCCGCUGGAGCUGGAGAGCAACGUGUCCCUGUGGCUGGCGGCCGUCAGCCAGUACAAGGUGCGCGUCACCUUCUGCUCCUACUCGGUGAUGGAGAUGUGCACCAAGGGGCUGGGCUCGCAGACGGAAGCGCUGAAGAUGCGGAACAUUAACCUGUCGUGCGUGCGCACCUGCAUGGUGGUGGCGGAGGAACGGCCUCGCAUCGCCCUGACGCAGUCCUUCUCCAAGAUCUUCAAGGAUCUGGGCCUGUCUGCCCGUGCCGUCAGCACCACCUUCGGCUGCCGGGUCAACGUGGCCAUCUGUCUGCAGGGUACUGCUGGUCCGGACCCCACCACCGUCUACCUGGACAUGAGGGCCCUGCGUCACGACAGGGUACGUCUGGUGGAGAGAGGGUCACCACACAGCCUGCCGCUGAUGGAGUCUGGAAAGAUCCUGCCAGGGGUGAAGGUGAUUAUCGCUAACACAGAGACUAAAGGACCCCUGGGAGACUCGCAUCUUGGGGAGAUCUGGGUGAGCAGCCCCCACAAUGCGACGGGCUACUACACCGUGUAUGGGGAGGAGGCACUGCACGCGGACCACUUCAGCACCCGGCUGAGCUUCGGGGACACGCAGACGGUGUGGGCCCGCACCGGGUACCUGGGCUUCCUGCGCCGCACGGAGCUGACCGACGCCUGCGGAGAGCGGCAUGAUGCGCUGUAUGUGGUGGGCUCCCUGGAUGAGACCCUGGAGCUGAGAGGCAUGCGUUACCACCCCAUCGACAUCGAGACGUCCGUCAUCCGAUCGCACAAGAGCAUUGCAGAAUGCGCGGUGUUCACCUGGACCAACCUGCUGGUGGUGGUGGUGGAGCUGGAGGGCUCGGAGCAGGAGGCGCUGGACCUGGUGGCCCUGGUGACCAACGUGGUGCUGGAGGAGCACUACCUGAUCGUGGGCGUGGUGGUGGUGGUGGACCCCGGGGUGAUCCCCAUCAACUCCCGCGGCGAGAAGCAGCGCAUGCACCUGCGCGACGGCUUCCUGGCCGACCAGCUGGACCCCAUUUACGUGGCCUACAACAUGUGAGCGCCAGAGCGCAGGGACC